UGUAAAGGGGGCGUAUGUUAAGGCUACGUCAGCGUUGCCAGCGUGGAGCGACAUGACACCAGGAAGUAACACUAUUCAAUUGACUAUACAAAUAACGAAGAGAGAGGGUACCCGAGGAGGAUUUUUUGUGCCUUUUGGAUUUGCUUCCGUAAAAUUACACAGCACACGACGACACACAGGGGCACGGAGAGUCCCUGCGACUGAGUUUUCAACAUAGCAUGGAUAAGCUGCCCGUGAAGAUGAUGGAUCCUACACUUGCUGAGAUGGGAAACCAUCUCUCUGAUGCCAUGAAGGUUUUGGAAAGUGGAAAAUUGGAAUCUGAACAAGGCAAAGAAAGAAGAAAAUUGAGUUGGAAAGACAUUCCAGGACCCUUGCAAGGAGAUGGACAGGAUGUUGUCAGCAUACUCCAGCUUGUCCAGAACCUGAUGCAUGGAGAUGAUGACAAACUGGGUCAACGCAGGAUGCAGAACAUCGGAGAGCAGGGACACAUGGCUCUACUGGGACACAGUCUGGCCGCAUAUAUUUCUGUCCUGGAACGAGAAAGAUUGAGAAAGCUGACCACCCGAAUCCUUUCGGAUACCACUCUCUGGCUCUGCAGGCUUUUCAGAUAUGAAAAUGGCUCCGCAUACUAUCAUGAAGAUGACCGUGAGGGGCUGGUGAAGUUGUGUCGGCUAGUUAUUAAUACUCUUUAUGAGGACUAUGCUACAGAGGGCUUUACAAUGUUCAGCUCUAAACAUCCUGUGAUUUACCAAAGUGCUGCAUGCAGACCCGGCCUGGGACAACAUCUCUGCAGCCAGCUGGGACUGCCUCUGUCAUGUCUUUGUAUUGUGCCCUGUAACACCAUGUUUGGCUCCUUGCACCAAAUGGAUGUUGCAUUGCUUGACAAGCUCAUCAGAGAUGAUCGUGAAUCAGGGAAGGUUCCACUGCUGUUGAUAGCUAAUGCUGGAACGCCAGGUGCAGGUCACACAGACAAACUCAGUCGUCUGAAAGAGCUCUGUGUUCAGUGCAACAUGUGGCUCCAUGUGGAGGGGGUGAAUUUGGCAACACUUGCUCUUGGUCAGGUCUCUUCUGCUGUGACGGCAGCCACCAAGUGUGAUAGUAUGACUUUAACUCCGGGCCCAUGGUUGGGCCUGCCAGCUGUGCCUGCUGUCACUCUUUACAGACAUGAGGAUCCGGCCCUGUCUCUUGCAGCAGGUCUGACCUCCAGCCAGCCAGUGGAGAAGCUUCGGGCUUUGCCUCUCUGGCUGUCCCUUCAGUACCUUGGGCAUGAUGGGAUUUUACAGAGGAUUAAGCAUGCCUCUCAGCUAAGUCAACAGCUGUUGGAGCAUUUGAAGACACUGGCUUCAAUAAAAACCUCGGAUGUGGUGUCUCAUUCCCGGGUCCCUCCCAUCUCCGGGGGCUCGCUGCGGGACGUGCUGGGCUCUCUUAUACUCUCUAUUGUGGAGGAUGAACUGAAUUCUCCUGUGGUGGUGUUCAGGUUUUCACAAGACAGCACUCCCUCAAGUGGUAGCUCAGUGGAAGGAUUUUUUGCAAGGGAAAGGGAUGUCCUUGAUGUCUUUAACAGAUGGUUGGGUGAACAGUUGGCGCAGCAGGUUCCCUUAAGUGGUGUCGAUGUGGUUGAGCUGGAAGAUGAGGGCACAUGUGUUCGUUUCAGCCCCCUCAUGACCGCUGCAGCUCUGGGCACUCAGGAGAAUGAUGUGGCUUCACUGGUGGAAAAGCUGGGAGAGAUGAUUCCAGUGCUGAGCUGCACCCUACGCUACAGACAGGACUUCAAAGAUGAGGUUCUACAACAAGCUUCACUCUCGUACAUUGAGGACCUGAGCUGGCCUGGUCUCGGAGGUGUGAGGUAUGAGCCCAGAACCACAGACCUGGAUGAAAACAAGAGAGAACAUAGUGUGGAGAAGAUCAACAGUGACUUGCUUAAGAAGCUGAUGGAGCUGGACACUGACCUAUACUUCUCUGGUGGUCCUGAGUUUUGUGAGGAGAAAAAUUGCAUAUUUAUUGGAAUGGCAACAGAAGACCUGGAUGUGACAGAGUUGGUGGAAACUAUAGUAUCGAUUGGAAGAGAGAUUGAGGAAAGUGGAAAGUUGUUUGAGAACAUGACGGAGGUAGUGAGAAGAGGCAUCCAGGAAGCUGAGCUGCAGCUUCAGAAGGCAAAUGAAGAGAAACUUAUGGAAGAGGGAGUACUUCGACAGAUCCCCCUGGUGGGCCCUGUGCUUAACUGGUUCUCCCCGGUUCAGGCCUCUGUCAAAGGAAGAACUUUCAACCUAGCUGAAGGUUGUCUGGACAGCACAGAGCCUGUGUAUUCUGUAAAAGCCCAGAUGAAUAAAGAAGCUUCCCUCGAUUCCCCCAAGUCCAUCACCAAACGGUUUCCAGGUCAAAAACUCUUCCGGCGGCACGGAGCAGGCUCAGACUCUGUCAGCGAUACCAGUUCUUUCAGCCAGCUCGAAGAAUCGUUCAGGGAAACAGCACAUGUGCAGUCCAAUAAUGCAGAUGAGGCAGAGGUCCCUGAGGAGCGUCAUGUACACUUAGUGGAGGGAAUGGCUUUGUCAGACCAGCGUGUACCAGAGGGCCAAGAGACAGAGAGUGUAGACACCCUUAGAUAAGACCACUCCUAAAUGGAUGUCCAGAGGUUGGCUUUGUGUUAUGGAGGAAUUUUGCGUCCAUGACCUUGAUGCCUUGAGCAAACCACUCUUGAAAUUAAGAAAAGAAGCAGCUUUAAAUGCAAAUAACAAAACACUGGAAUUUCAUGGAAAUAAUGUCUGAAAAUGCAUCCAUUUUUCUUAAUUAUUUUAUAAUCAGUUGCACAUUUUUUGGUUAAUCAUAUAAUAUUGGGUCUUUAUGUGCACUGCAAGUAUAUCCUUUCAUUAUGGGUGACAUAGUCGUUACCUUUUGGUUUUGGAUGUUUGUCUUUGUCAUCUAUAGGCCUGUCUGACAGGUUUUUCUGAUCCAUUUCCACACAUUAUUUACACAACACAAGGGCUAUUGUGGCUCUACCGCCAUGUAUAUUAAUUUCAAAAUAUCUUGUUUGCCAAAAGCUGGUCUUUCUUUGUGUAUUCUCCCUAAGUUUCACUCAGCUGUCUCUAAUCAAAAAAUAGCCUUAUUGCACUUUCAUGUACAGAAAGGUCACACUUUAAUCAGAACAGCAAAAUAUUUAUUUAUCCUAUAAAUAAUUUUAUUAGAGGACGUUAGGCUAUUUAGAAUUAAGUAACAUUUGCUAUGUGUCUAAAAUAAGUUUCAAACCAAACCGAUAUCCAUCCAGAACUUUUGGCUUUUCCAAUAGUUAAAUGAUUAUUAUACUGUUCUCACUGUGAAGUUUCAAAGAAGUGUCUUUGAGUAAAUGUUACAUUUUUGGAUGUGUAUGAAGGCUAAAUAUAAUGUACUGAAAUUAA